AUGGAGACUUUGUACCGAGUCCCAUUCUUAGUGCUUAGCUCCCCCAACCUGAAUCUGAAGAAGGCACCCUGGGUACUCAUGCCCUUGACCAUGACAGUGUGUGCUCUGUUUGUGGUGGUAUACUUCCACAUCACUGUAGGAACAAUUUAUGAUAUUAUUGUUGAACCUCCAAGUGUUGGCUCUAUGACUGAUGAACAUGGGCAUCAGAGACCAGUCACCUUCUUGGCCUACAGGGGCUAUCUGCUGGGUUAG